AGAGAGAACUCGUCUUCAUUUGUCCAGAGCGGGGGGAGAGCUCGAACCCUCUUGAAAACCCUAAUUUUCUACACAAUUUCUUCUUAAUAUCUAUAAGUAUUCCUAUAAAUUUGGUCUAUUUCUUCUAGGAGAUGGCAUCAGUUGCUGGCUUUGGCUCGAGGAGGAUUUAGGAGGAAAAAUCCCAACAUUUUACUUCCAGAAUCGCUAAUUAUUGGAUUUUGCUUUUGAAUUGAAGCUCAAGGUCCUUCGAUCAGGUGGGUCGCCGGGGAAAGUUUGGAUUUUGGAGCAGUUUGUAAGAUUCUAACUGGGAAAUAUGCUUUCCGAUUGACCUGGAGUCUUGUAGUAGGUAAUUAGAGCAGGGAAGCAUUCUUGGAGAAAAUGCAGAACAAAACAAGAAUCCAUGCCCACCCAUCUCUUGAACAAGAUCAGUUUGACCGCAUACCAGACUCUCUGGUGCUCCUCAUACUCAACAAGAUUGCUGAUGUCCGGUCCCUGGGCCGCUGCUCUGCAGUGUCCAAGCGAUUCAAUUCCCUGAUUCCUCUAGUCCAUGAUGUCUAUGUUAAGAUCGACCGUGUUGUCACUGUUGAUGGUGACUAUGAUGAUGCCUUCAACCCAUCCUCCCCGAAAGCUCGAAAUCUUUUCUCCCACUUUCUAAAGCUCCUGAUCUUCACCCUUCUUAAACCCUUCCACCAUCUUCGCAACACCCAUGGUGGGAACAAACCCCUCUUCCCACAGCUCUCCCACCACUCGCCUGCACAAGUCCUGAAAAACUUCAGCCACAUCCACAAUCUCAGGAUCGAACUCCCUGCUGGAGAUGUUGGAACAGAAGAAGGAGUUCUUUUGAAGUGGAGGGCAGAGUUUGGGAGUACCCUUCAGAAUUGUGUGAUUUUGGGAGGUACAUGGGUAGAUCGAAAACCGGCAUCUACCGAACAUGAAACAAGGUUAGAAGACAAUGGGAGCAUACCAGAAUCUUUCUACACAAAUGGAGGGCUGAAACUUCGUGUGGUCUGGACAAUCAGUUCCUUGAUUGCUGCUUCCAUAAGACAUUAUCUUCUGAGACCAAUUAUCAAGGACCACCCAACACUGAAGAGCUUGGUCUUGACCGAUGCUGAUGGGCAGGGGACAUUGAGUAUGGGGGUAGAGCAGCUGAAGGAGUUCAGGGAGAAGCCAUUGGCAGCCUCAGCAUCUUCAAAUAGGACACAGGUCCCGGCGUCCAACAUGAAGUUGAGGUAUGCUCCCUACUUGGAACUCCCUGGUGGGAUGGGAUUGCAAGGAGCCACAUUGGUGGCAAUCAAGCCCUCUUCUAUGAGAAGUAGUGGUAGCACUAGUAGUAGGAAGGAGGCUGAUGCCUUUGUUUGUGGAGCAUUUGAUGGCCCAUAUAAGGCUGCAGCGAAGGCAUUGAUGAAGCAGCGGACUUACCUUUUGGAAAUGAAUGGUUUCUAGAUGAGUGAUCUGCUUUCUUUUUGCUGCUUACCAUGGUUCAAAUUUUUUUCUCAUCUGGAACUUCCAGUUCCAUUAAAAGGUGAAAGCUUCCAUCUCUGCUUGGUUGUGUGUGGUAGCUAUCUGUUGUUUGUGUUCAUGCUUCUUGCAUCUGUACAGUAAUAACAGCUGGUUAGAUUUAUGUCUGUUAUAUGAGUGGAGUUUUGUCUUUGUAAUUUUCUGUUGCUUUUGAAUAUGCGAUGUUGCUGUCUUCACUCUCCAAACUUCUGUAUUUGUUGUGUCUGAUUUUGGCAUCUCACAGUUUGUUCA